CAAAGAUGAAUUUAUUGCAACUUUAUGUGACUUUAAUGAAGCACUUUAUGAAGUUACAUUGGAAUUAUUCAUUUAUCUGUUUGAUCAACCUUUAAUAAAUCUUGAAAAAGAUAAACAUACUGAAUGGAAGUUUUAUGAUAAAAAACAAGUGCAGCAGAUGCAUAAGAAAAAAGAAUUUAUUCCAAUGAUACAAGAUAAUAUUGAUACGAUAUAUUGGUAUAUAAGAAAUUAUAAAAAAUGUAUCCAAAAUACUGACAACCAAUAUGAAUCAAAAAUUGUUAAAUUACAUAAUUCUUUUAUUAGACAAUGUGAAGCUGAGGAAAGCCAUGAAUUUAAAAACAAAUUGGUGAAAUUAUUGAAUGAGAAUGGAUUAAUCGCCAAUAUAAUCUUCUGCAAACAAGAAGAUUUUGGUGUUGAUAUUGUUAAAAAUAUUAAGAAAGCUAUUGGUUCUCCUGAAUUACAAAAGAUUCAAUCAUCUUUCAAAUGUUUUGGUGAAGAAAUUUUAGGAAUUAUUGUUUAUAACAGUGAAAAAUUAUCGAAUCCUUUAAUGAAAUCUGCUAAAAUUUGGUUUGAUAGUUGUUGUUCUGAGAUUAAAAUUAUAAAUGAGAAAGAGAUUUUAAAUUUUUUUAAAGAUAAUAAAAAAAGAAAUAAACGAAGAAUAAUGAUGGAAUAUACUAAUCCACAGGCUGAUGAAUUUGUAAUUGGGAUUAGUAAAUUGAAGGGAUUCAAAGCAGAAAAAUGUAUUGAUUUAAGAAAACUCAAAAAUAUUAUUAUUGAUGAAAAUUCAAAGGAAAAAAAUUUAGCUGAUUUAAAAAAACUUAUUGAUAGUAUUGUUAAUAGGGAAGAAACUUAUGAGGAAUCUUCUAAAACAAUUUUAAAGCGUGAAUUAACAAAUCUUUUUAAAGUAAAAACUUCUUUUAAUUUAAAAAAGCCAUCAUUUCCUUGGAGAGGUGCAAAAAAUUCAUUACAAAUUGAUUCAUUUACAUAUAAAAUUCCUUUAGAUGAAGAAAACAAAGCAACUAUCUAUCUUUGUACUUCUAAACAAUUUUUUGAUAGAUAUGAGAUGUGUGAAUUUGAUAAAAAAAAUGGAGUUUCUUAUUUCAAUAGAAAUCUCUUUGAAAAUUUAACAAAAGCAAUUAAUUUUUUUGAUCAAAAUAAGGAAAAAUUGUUUAAAUAUUUUGAAAAAGCAAUUGAUUUAAUCUUCUCAUAA